AUGAAGUUUUUCAUUUUUGGAUUUAUAUUAAUUUUUUUUUGGAAUGGGUUGAUUAGCUGUGUCAAUGCUAAGCGUGGUAUUGGUACUCGAUCUAUGUCAACAUGUAUGGAAAAUUCAGGACUUAUUGCAACUGUUUUCCGUAUUACUUAUUAUCCAGAUUUGGAGAAAAUGGUAUAUCGCGUCGAUGGUAUGACAUCAAUUGAAGGCGAAGUUAUUGUUAAUUUAAUUAUAAUGGCAUAUGGUAUUCAAGUAUUGAAUAAAACAAUUGAUCCUUGUAUUCUUAAAAUGCCGCAACUUUGUUAUUUGCAACCGGGUCCUCUUACACAAAUUGAGGGGGAAAGUGACGUUCCUGUUGAUAUUACGUCACAUAUUCCUGGUGUUGUCUACGCUAUUCCAGAUAUUGAUGUAUACGUAAAAGUGAUGAUAUAUAGCAAACAUUCUGGAGAUCUUAAAGCAUGUGUUCAGGUUACAAUGACAAAUAUGAUGACUGUUAAUGUAAAAACGGUUGGAUGGAUAUCAGGCCUUAUCGCGUUAUCAGCACUUAUAGUGAGCGCAAUUGCAUGGGAAAAUGGAAAUUCUAAUACUGCUCAUCAUAUUGCAACAAAUGCGUUUGCUCUUUUUAGCUAUUUUCAAGGACAGGCUAUGUUUGGUAUGAUGUCUGCAAAAAUGCCACCCAUUGUUCGCGCAUGGACGCAAAAUUUCCAAUGGACAAUGGGAAUUAUUAAUUUAGGAUUUAUGCAAAAGAUCUUUACAUGGUAUAUUAAAUCUACAGGAGGGUUACCGUCUUAUCUUCAUUCUUCAUCACUUGAACAUUCUAUUAUUCUUGAAAAGCGAGAUUUUCAUCUUGAGAAACGUGCUUCUAAUAACUUUAACGACCCUAAAUAUGUUUUUCGUGGUAUACAUCGUGUUGCAUAUAGUGAACAGAUCGAAACUACAAAUCUAUUUAUGACUAGUUUUUCUUUUUUUCUUAUAAUGGUUUUUAUAAUGUUGUUAGGAUUUGCAUUGUUUAGAAUCCUUAUUCAUUAUUCUCCGAAAAUUCAAUGGAUACGAAAUGACCGUUUUUUUGGUUUUAAAAAUGAAUGGAAGGAUCUUUUGAAAGGAACUAUGUAUAGAUUGCUACUUAUUGGAUAUCCUCAAUUGUCUCUCCUCUGUAUUUGGGAACUGAUUUCUCGUGAUUCCAUUGGUGCGAUGAUUUAUGCCAUUAUUUCGCUUAUAGUGGUAACCGGUUUGCUGAGUUAUGCAGCAUAUUGGGUUAUAGUUUUGGCACGACGUUCCCUUAAAUUUCAUAAAACCGCUGCAUAUAUUUUAUAUUCCGAUUCAGGAAUUUUAACUAAAUGGGGUUCUUUAUACAUACAAUUUUCUGCAUCUGCAUAUUAUUUCAUUGUUCCUCUUUUACUUUUUAUUUUGUUACGAUCAUUUUUUAUAGCAUUGUGUCAAAGCAAUUCUCUUGUUCAGGCAAUAGGGUAUUUUGUUAUUGAAUUGGUUUAUUUCUUUUUGAUUGUUUACAUUCGUCCCUUCUUGGAUAGAAAAACGAAUAUUUUUAGCAUUACUGUUGCCUCAAUCGAUUUAUUGAAUAGCAUUUUUAUACUUAUUUUUGCAAACGAAUCACGCAUAUAUAGCAUAGUUGUUGCUGUUUUCGGAAUAAUCUUUUUUAUCAUUAAUUGUAUCUUCGCUCUCAUUUUGCUUGUUCUUCUUAUUAUAGUAUCUAUAUAUGCUCUUGUUUCGGAAAAUCCUGAUAUUCUUCAUGAACAAAUGCAGGAUGAUAGAUCAGAAUUUAUUAAAAGUAAAACUAACUUUUCCAAUCUUGAGCUUAAUUUAUCAAAUGAAAAUAAUGGAUCUAAUUUUAAAGAAAUGUCUACAAAAAAUCAUGCAUUGUCUUCAUAUGAUAGAUCUUAUUCUUUAGCAGGCAAAGUGAAUAAUACUAAUUCUAAUCAAUCUGGGAACUUUUUAUCUUCUUAUGAUCUCAUAGCUAAUUAUAUAUCACAGAAUCCAUCUAUAACUGCGCCUCAGCCUCCUUUUAAGUCAAGUAUGAGAUCUAGUAAUGAUUCUUUAUUUAAAGACUUACAAGGUAAUAAAGAUAAUAUGGAUGUUGAAUAUGUGCCUUAUAGAGAAUUAAAUAUCGAUUCAUCUAUGGCUAACGAUAGACAAUUUUCAAAUAUUCAUAGAUCACGUUAUAUUCCAGAUCAAAAUUCUCAUGCUAUAUCAUUUUCAGAUUUACAAUCUCGGCAAUAUAUUCCGGGCGCUCCUAAGAAAACACGGAAUUACGGUUUGUAUUACAAUACAUAUACUAGUAGAGCAACAUAAAUUAUUAAAAUGAAUUAAUGGUUAAUUAUUUUAAAAUAUUUAAUAAAAUAAUUUCAAAUUGAGGUUACAUAAUAAUUUCAGUGGAUUUCG